AUGAGCAAGAAUCCACCACGUAAAUUAGAUCCGAUGAAUAAGGACAAAUCCACAAAUGUUUUUAAUGAACUAAAUAUUCGUUAUCGUGUUUGCUUCAAAUUUGGCCGUAAAGAAAGUGAAGUAGGAAAAGAUGUUUGUGUAUGUAAUAAUCCACGAAGAAGUCGUGAAGAGACAGAAAAAGUUUGUGGAUUAUGUAACAAGCCGCGCAGUGAUCAUGACAAUGAAGAAGAUAUUUGUGUAUGUAACAUGCGACGAGGAAGUCACAAAGAUAAAAGUUAUUCCGAUUCAGAAGGUGUUGCAUGGGCUAUGGAGCGAAAUACUAAAGAAAGAAUAAAGCCUGAGCACGGUAUACUUUCAAAUGGUGCAUUGUAUUUACGGCUUGCUUUGGAUACACCGGUCGCAAAAGUUGACAAACUUCUUUCUGAAGUAUGGGAGAUCAAAAAACCUCGACUAAUUAUGUCAAUUAUUGGAGGUGCAAAAUAUUUCACAUUAAGUGAUCGACUUGAGUCCAAUUUUAUGAAUGGUAUUAUUGAAGUUGCACUUAAAUCAGAUGCAUGGCUAUUUACAAAUGGAUAUAAUGUUGGUAUUGUUCAACUUGUUGGACAAGCAAUUAAUAAAGUUAAAUUUACAAAAUUAGACAAACAUAUUACAGCUAUCGGGCUUUGUAAAUAUGGAAGUAUAAAAGAUGUUGAAUCACUUAUAGACUUAGAUAAGGGAAAUAAACAGCAACAAACGAAAAAACCUGAUGUAGAGCGGAAUAGUGGUACAGAAAAAAAACGUGAAAGUGGUGAACAUGACCUGGAAAUGAAUCAUAGUCAUUAUUUGAUGUUAGAUGAUGGAAGCUUUCGAUUUUAUAGUACAGAAGAUUAUCGAACACAAUUAUGUGUUCACUUAGCAAAACUACACCAUGAAACUGAUUUUCCUCUUGUUGAAUUUACGCUAACAAAUAAUGAAGAAGAAUUUUACUUAGAGGGUAGUGGCCGUGUUGCUGACUUUUUCAAACGUUGGUUAUUAUAUACAAAAGAAUUCGAUGAAACUAGUAAAUAUCCUCCAUAUUCAUAUGAAAUUGGUGAGAUUGAUAAAGCAACUCCAGUUAAAGCUUUUUCACCAACAAUUGAUGAUACAAAUAGUUCAAAAAUAGGUACUCGUACAUAUUUUGAAGUUCAACUUGAUGCAUCUCGCAAUACGCUCAAGGGAAUGUUUGAAAGUUAUGAUGAACGACUUAGAAAAGAUCUUCAGUUUCUACUAUCACGUCAUGAUCCUAGUAAAGGAAAGAAGUCAAAUGAUACAUCAAACAAUAAUUCAAAAGAUCCAGAAUCAAUUAAAUUCAAUAAAAUAGUUCAACAAGUUAUGUAUUGUUUGCAACCUGCUGUUCGCUCUGGUAUAGCUGUAUUUAAUUUAAAUUCAGAUGAUAAUUUAUCUGAAACUAUUUUUCGUACUGUUUGCAAAUCACGUCAAAAAUACUUUGAAAGAAAAGAAAGUGAUGAAAAUGAAACAAUGGAAAGGUCUCUACGAAAAUCUAAACCACAACCCACUCCAUAUGUUAAACAACAUCAUGCAGACUCACGUCACGAUGUUAAUAGAAGAGAUCAAAAUGCACAACGAUCACAAUUAUUACAGUUAGCGAUGGAUUGGGAUUGUAUUAAUGUUGCAAAAGAAUUAAUUCUUCAAAAUUCAUUAGAUAAUAUUCUAAACAAAGAAGAAGCUUUUGUGAAUGCUUUAACAAAAGAUUUACCAGAAUUUGCUUAUGAAUUUCUCAAAUUGGGUAUAAAUCCACGUGAAAUAUUCUUCGAAGGUGAUCCACGCUUUGACCCAAACAAUCAAUAUAGAAAAUUUCUUGAAUGUUUGUACAACGAUGACGCUGUGAAUAGUCAUACAACUCAAUUAAGUGCAUUUAUUGAAUCGGAUGAUGCUGUUAGAAAACAGAUUCAUACAACUGAUGAUUUAAAUGAUGUUCUUGCUACAUUGAUUGGUGAUUAUAUGCACAAAUUAUACUUUGAUUCAAAUAAAGAUGUGAGCGAAUAUCGAGAGUCAUGGGGUUUAACAGAACAAAAUAUAGACCAAAAUAUAGAACAAAAUCAAAUGAAUGCUCAAAAUCCUGACCACCACGUUAAACCAAAUAAAGAAAGAGUUUUUGAUAUCAUAAUGCGAGAUUUAUUUAUAUGGGCAAUACUUAUGAAUCAUACUGAAAUGGCUCAAGUCUUUUUAAGUCACAUGAAAUAUCGAAUAUGUGCUGCAUUGAUUGCAACAAAAAUAUUAAAACAAUAUUUUCAAAGAGCUCCAUAUGGUGAUUUAAGAGAUAAUUAUGAGAAAAAUGCAAAAUACUUUGAAGAAUAUGCUAUUUCAUGUAUCAAACUAUGUGAGAAAAACAAUACUGUUCAAGCAUGUGAAAUAGUUUUACAACGAGUAGAACUAUAUGGAAAUGUGACUUGUCUUCAAAUUGCUGCUGAUGCAAAAGAUAAACUAUUUAUUGCAACACCAUGUUGUGUUCAAGCUAUGAAUAAUAUAUGGUAUAAAAAUAUCCAUCACGAACAAUCAAAUAAACGAAAUGGAAUAGCUAUGGCUAUUGGAGUUUUUUCACUUGGUCUUCUAGCGCCAUUUUUUGUCAAUUAUAGAGAUCCUCCAAAGAUAAUAAACAACGAGAAACCUAAACGAUCUUUACAAUCUUAUGGUAUAGAUUAUGCCGAUCCAUAUCUAAGUGGAUCUCGUCGAUAUACUAAAUAUCCUCCAGUAAAUAAUUAUAUACAGCGAUUGAAAAAUUUUCAUCAAGCUUUACACAUAAAAUAUUCUUAUCAUUGUUUAAAUUAUUGUUUUUUUCUACUACUAUUUUCGUACGUACUUUUAUUUAACUUUCAACCACCAACUUCUUCAAUACCUUGUAUCCAUUGGACUGAAAUUUUAACAAUUAUACUUGUUUCAACCAUGUUAAUUGAAGAAACUCACUAUUUUGUUAGCCAAGAUAGUAUAACAUUGUCUGGAAAAUUUGAAUGUUAUUUUAGGGAUCUAUUUAAAAUUAUGACUCUUGUUGGAUUUAUACUUUUUUAUACUGGAUUAAUUCUACGAUUUACUCAUGCAGAUGAUGAGAGUGAAUUUGUCGCAGCUAGGGUAAUAUGGGCGAUUGAUGUUGAACUUUGGUGGCUUCGUUCUCUAGCAUUUAUUAUUGUUAUACCAUCUCUUGGACCUCAUUUGGUGGCUAUUGGAAAGAUGGUAUACAUAUAUUUUUCUUUUUAAACUUAAAUAACAUCAUUUUAUUUUCUCCAGCUCAAAGAUCUUUUGUUCUUUAUUUGCAUAAUUGCUGUUGUUAUG